CUUGUACAUUUAUGAACCAAUCAGUUGGAAACUUCCUACUCCCGAUAUCCUUAUCGUACGAGAUAACUCGAGAAGGGCACGUCGCCGCCAAUAACCGAAUAACAAGUAAUUACUCCACGCUCAAAAUGUCGCGGCUAAAUGGUAAAUUUGCUUUGGUGACUGGCGGCUCUCAAGGCAUUGGUUUCGCUUGCAUCAAAGAACUCCUUAACAAUGGAAUUCAGGGCGUCACGUUGGUGGAUGUGAACGUUUCGAAAGGCAACGAAUCCACGGCCUUGCUCAAAGAAGAAUUCGGAACAGAAAGGGUCAUCUUUAUCGAAGGCGAUGUUUCAAAAGAAGAUCAAGUCGAAGACGCUUUCGAAAAGUCUUUCAAUCACUGGAAGCACUUGGACAUAGUGAUCAACAACGCUGGGGUCAUCGCCGAGCAACAUUGGCAAAAGGCGCUAUUGACAAACUGCGGAGGAACUCUUCAGUGCUCUUUGACGGCAUUUCAGUAUUUGAGCACCAAGCGAAAUGGCAGAGGAGGAGUCAUUGUGAACGUGGCCUCAAUAGUUGCGGUCCAUCCGUACGCCAUCACUCCAGUGUAUUCGUCCACCAAGUCCUUUAUAGUAAUGCUGGGUCGAUGUUUGGGCGAUUCCAUCUACCACGAUCAUAACGGCGUACGAGUCGUCACCGUCUGCCCCGGACUGACAAUCACCGAUUUCGCGCGGAACGCGGGAGGCUUGGAGGCGCUCAAAAGUUUGGUUCCGCAUUCCCAAACGAGUUACAAUGACGAUCGGGAUUGGCUGAAGAGCCAAUCAUCGGAGGAGUGCGCGAAACAUCUGGUGAGAUUGAUGAUUGAGGGAACUAGUGGAAGCGUGUGGACCAUCGUGGGGAACGAGGUUUCUCAAGUGGAUUUUUCCAUAAGAGAUUAACAACGCGUCUUGUAUAUUUUGUAUGAUAUCAUAGACCAAGGGAGAUAAUAGAAAUAAGUUGUUAUUUCACCUACUAGUAUUCUACGGGCCAAACUCUAUAAGAAAAUGUUUUUUCCCGGUCGA